AAUCAGUAUUAAACUAAACAGUAGAUUUUAAAAUGAACUAUUUCAUAACCCAGAGAAUACCGAAAUGGCCACACUGGUUGGAUUAUCAACAAUGGACCAGGGCUGCUAAACACUAUCAUUCAUAUGAUGGCACUGUAUUGGUAAAGCCUAUUUAUUUCGAUAACUGAUAAUAACUUUGUGUGAUCAAACAUAACAAUUGUAUACAACAAAAUAAAGUAAAUUAAUUACGGAAUGAAUUUGGACGUACUCAACAAUGAUUGUUGGUUGGCGAUAAUCAAGUACUUGGAUCUUACGGACCAAUUUGCGCUAUAUGACGCCAUCCAAGGCGUUUCAUAUUGCUUGCACUCAAGUAUGGUCUAUGUCUGGCGACAUCAAAUUUCCUGCAAACUAACUGAAGUAAACUUUAAACAGUUUAAAGAGUCGCCGGAGAUGUUGGAUAUUUUCUUAGCCAGCAUUAGUCCAAAAGUGCAAAAAUUACACCUGAAGUUUGUCACAAUGGAUUUUCUCAAACGAGGGCAAAAUUUCACAUUUCCCAGCAUGAAAAUUUUGGAGUAUUCAUUCAAUGGCGGCAAUUUGCAUUAUGGUGACUUUGAAGAAGCAAUUGAGAUAAUGACAAAGAUCUUUUGCCCCAAAGAGAUCGCCAAGUAUCAGCGACUGGAAGAGCUGACAUUUAUUUAUGAUGAUAUAUUAGCAAUGAAGUUGCGUCAGCUGGCAAACUAUAAUACAAAUAAACGCCAUGAUAUCUUAGUGGAGCUACUAAAGAACCGUAGCAAGGACAUUCGGAGGAUUAUGUUUAAAGAAAGCAUCAGCCAAUAUAACAUGUGCACACUAGAAAAACCGACCAACUUGGGCCAAUUGACUUUGGUUGAAUAUUGUGGGAUCAAUGAUGAAAAUCUGCUAAAGCUGAUUGCGAAUUUGAAGUACUUAGAGCAACUGGAUUUCAUCGACUAUAAUAUGAAGAUUAGUGAGUUAUUGCUGUGGCAAAUUGUUCUAACUUGUCCAUCACUAAAGAUUCUGACUUUAUCGAGCGUGCUGAUGAAUUUUGAAUAUGGCUAUAUUUACAUGGAGGACGCACUGGACAAUCGCUCUCUGCCCUUAACGCUGCAUUGGGACAACACGGAUGCAAAUGAAGAGCUGAUUCGUCAUCACUUCAACCAUCCAAAACUAAAGCACUCUUUUUCCCAGUUAAAAUCGGAUUUAUUCAGUUGCAAUAUGAUACAAAUUCAUUUAAGGCCUUUGCAGUAGUAAAGUAAUUUAUAAUGUCUAAGCUUUUUAGUCACUAAACCUAAGACAAUAUGUUAGCAAAAGUCAUUUAAUAGAUAUAAAAUAUUGGUAUUUCACAUUCACACACUAUCAAUAUUGAACCAGGGCUGCCAAUCUGUAUGAUUCAUAUUAUGGCACGUUACAAGUUAUCGUUAUCGAUAAAUAGUAAUAUUUGUUUUAUCAGACGUUAUUUAGAUGUUAACGAAUUUGUUGAUUAAUUAAAUACGCAAUGAAUUUGGACGCAGUAAAUGAUGAUUGCUUGAUGACGAUAAUUAAGUACUUUAAUAUUAAAUCAACUGUCGCUAUAUGAAGGCAAAGGCCAUUCAAAUCGCUUGAACUCAAAUGUUUUCUUUGCCUGGGAGCAUGAGCUUUGCUUUCAACUGAAUCCAGAGAACUUUCUGAAGUUUGAAGAAAAGCCAGAAAUGUUGGACAUAUUUCUGCCCAGCACUAGUGCAACAAUGCAGGAAUUGAAACUAGAAUGGGUUACAGAGCUGUUCCUCAAACGCUGGCAGAACUUCACAUUUCCGAACAUGAAAACACCGGAAUACACAUUAAAG